CAAACAUUAUACAUUUGGUUUGUACACCAUAUAACUGGUGAUAACCCCAAGAAAUAUUGCGACCAUGGCUAAAGUAGAAGCAAAGAAAGAAACAAUCAGCAUUGCAGUUUACAAAGCUAAUUUACAUUGCCCAAAAUGUGCUCAUGAUAUCAAGAAGCCUCUUAUGAGAACACCAGGAGUCCAUAAAGUGGAUGUAAAGCAUGAGAAGGGUGAAAUUAGAGUGGAGGGCACUUUUGAAGUAAAGAAAAUACAUGAAAGGUUAGAAAAAUGGAGCAGGAAAAAGGUUGAGAUUUUAUCACAAGACAAGAAACUAAUGGAGAAGAAAGAAACUAAGAAAGAAAUUAUAAAGACGACCAAAAUAAAAGCCUAUAUGCACUGCGACAAAUGCGAGCAUGAUCUUCGAGCCAAGCUACUCAAACACAAAGGUAUACACAAUGUCAAAACCGACAUAAAGUCACAAACUAUUCUAGUAGAAGGAACCAUUGAAGCUGAAAAGAUCGUGACCUACAUACAAAAACGAGCUCGCAAACACGCAGAAAUCAUACCUGAGCCUCUUCCAAAGGAAAAGGUCGAGAAGAAGGUGGAAGAGACGGUGGUUGAGAAGAAGGUGGAAGAGAAGGUGACUGUGACAACAAAAGUUGUAGAAUUUGAAGAGAAGAAGAAAGUAGAAGCAAAGGGUAAGGACGAUGAGGUCCCGUAUUUUGUUCACUAUGUUUAUGCCCCUCAGUUGUUUAGUGACGAAAAUCCGAAUGCUUGUCUAGUAAUGUAAACAAUGGCAACAAAUGACUUAAUUUAUUUUGUUCAUUAGAUUCAUCAUUUGUACCGGAAAUAUAUGUAAAAACAUCUAAGCUAGCUACCAUCUUGUCACAUAAA